AUGCCGCCAGCUCAACGAAGCAGAAAGCGCAAGUCAGAGAUGAUGAUCGCAGACGAUACACCCGGCACGCCAGAGACGGCGGACGAGAGGAUUCCCACAAAGUCGGGCAGCCCCGUUCGCACUCCCACGAGAGGGAGCCCCAUCAAGCGGAGGAAGAUUGGCAUCAGCCUAGCUCAGAAGCAGGCUCUCAUCGACAACUUACAACUCGAGGUCACCGAGCGCGCCAGGAAACUCAGGGCCCAGUACAACCUACAGGCCCAGGGUCUGCGGACGCGCAUUGAGAUACGCGUCAACCGCAUCCCAAUGGCCCUGCGCAGGGCCAAGAUGGGAGACCUGGUGAACAAGUACUCGGGCAAUGCGUCUCAGAAAUUCAACGCGACCUCUCACCGACCGCCUCCCGUACCCGAGAAGGAUGUCAGACACAAAACCACCACGUCCUACACCUCCACAUCAGCCGCCCCCGUGUCGCGAGGCCCCGGAAGGCCACCAAAGCGGACAAGUGAUGAGAUUGCUGGCGGUAACAAGGAGAACAUGGAUAUCAACAGCCCCAAGAAGCGCAUGCGCGCGUCUCCGGCGCCGGACGUCAUGCACAACCCAUCCCAGGUCUUGUCGCCGACGUCUUCCAACACAAGGAUCGCCCCGCGGAAGCGAGGUGUUGUCACCACCGCGUCUACUGCGCCCGCAUCUCCGGCAAAGCCCCAGAUAUCCCGCCCACCAUCCCCGGUCAAGAAGGCAUCCGGAGGCACCUUGAUCAGCAACAUGGUGGAGAAGGCUCGGUCGACCAGAGCCGCAGCCGCGACGCGUAAAGCGACCACGUCCUCGACAGCGAGCUCCGCCUCGGCCGCGGCUCAAAGGACUCGGCGUGGUGCCACCGCCACCACGGCCGCCGCCGCAGCACGAGCUACGGCUCCCUCACGGACUGCGCGGAGAGUUAGCGGCAUCAGCGAGUCCAGUGAUGGGAGCACCUCGACAGUUGUGAGGAAAAGAGUUGGCGCAGCUGCCGCGCCCGCCAGACCUGCCACUGCGGCAGCGACCAAGCGGACGGUUAUGGGCACCAUUAAGAAGGGGGUCGCCGGAGCGACUACCCGCAAGGCGCCUGCCAAGACAGCAGCGGCACCGGCAUCGGCUGCAACAACGACUAGCACAGGCCGUGUGCUUCGCAAGCGAGGCUGA